GUUAGAUUCUCUUUGAGAAUAAAGCUAUCUGUACGUGUAUAAUGGCACCCAAAGCGAGCGGCAAGGCAGUGAAGAAGUCGGGCAAGGCCCAGAAGAACAUCACCAAGGGCGACAAGAAGAACAGAAAGAAGCGCAGGAAGGAGAGCUACGCAAUCUACAUCUACAAGGUGCUGAAGCAGGUACACCCGGACACUGGUGUGUCGAGCAAAGCCAUGAGCAUUAUGAACAGCUUCGUGAACGACAUCUUCGAGCGUAUCGCCGCCGAGGCUUCGCGUCUCGCUCAUUACAACAAACGCUCGACCAUCACGUCCCGGGAGAUCCAGACGGCCGUGAGGCUGCUGCUUCCCGGUGAGCUGGCCAAGCACGCCGUCAGCGAGGGCACCAAAGCCGUCACCAAGUACACCAGCUCGAAGUAAAUGCCUGUGGUUUUUCUUUUCAUUUUUUUUUUUUGGUAGUCCCGGAGCAUUGGACAGCAAAAACGAUAAAAACAUCAUUUCAUCGGCCCUUUUCAGGGCCACCAAAUAAUUUAACUCGAGGAAAAAAACUACGAUUAUUUUU